AUGGCUUCUUCCCAAAGUACACCGGCCCAUAUUCGGAAGGCUACCAAGGCCGAUCUCAAUGAAUUAUCUUUGGUUCUCGCUCGCAGCUUUGCUAGGGAUCCUUUCUACAACUGGAUCAAAGGAGCGACGCAUAUGAUCUCUAGCGCCAACACUCAGGAUCCUAAAGAACUGAAGGCCCUGGAGCAGUUCCGUUACCUCCAAUGGUCUCUUGCUCACUUGUUCAUGUCGCGCGGAGAAGUCGAUGUUGUGGUCAUUCACGUCGAUGGUCGGCAGAAGAUAGUCGCCUCCACGGCAUGGGUAGGACCUGGCAAGUCAACGGACAUCACGAUUGUGCAGAUGUUACGAAUGCGACUCGACAAGGUAUACAGAGCAUGGGGCCUCGGAGCGUUCAAGAGGAUGCUAGCGGACUACGUACCGCGGACGGAGAAGGCAGCGGAACAGGCUUUCAAAGACCAAGGCAAGGUCUCGACGGAUGCGUGGCACCUACUCAACGUCUCUACCGACCCGGACUACGAAGGGCGAGGCUAUACUUCCAUGAUGUUGAGGGCGCGAUUCAAGGCUAUCGGCUCCCUUCCCGUGUAUCUUGAAGCCAGUAAUCCCAAAGCACGGGACAUAUACUUGCACUAUGGAUUCCAGCUAGUCGAAACCGUCAUAUUGGGAGAGGGAAAAGUGGACGCAGAUGGACUGACUGUGCGCGGCGAGAAGGCGACAGGAACUCCAGACUUCGUCAUGAUCAAGUCGGGAUAA